AUGUUCAGUGGGGAAGAUGAACCAAGGAACUGUGUGGUAUGUGGUGACCGAGCCACGGGCUACCAUUUCCACGCCUUGACUUGUGAAGGCUGCAAGGGUUUCUUCAGACGAACCGUCAACAAACAUCCUGGUCUCACCUGCCCGUUUGCUGGAAGCUGUGAGGUCAGCAGGGUCCAGAGGCGCCACUGCCCAGCCUGCAGGUUGCACAAGUGUCUCGCGGCUGGCAUGCGAAAAGACAUGAUAAUGUCAGCUGAAGCCCUGGCCUUGCGGAGAGCAAAGCAGGCCCAGCGGCGGGCCCAGCAAACACCUGUGCAGCUGAGUAAGGAGCAGAAAGAACUGGUCCAGAUACUCCUGGGGGCCCAUACCCGCCACAUGGGCACCAUGUUUGAACAAUUUGUGCAUUUCAAGCCUCCAGCGUAUCUAUUCAUCCACCACCAGCCCUCACCCGCCCUGGUCCCUGUACUGCCUUUGCUAACACACAUUGCGGAUAUCAACACUUACAUGGUGCAGCAAAUCAUCAAAUUCACCAAGGAUCUGCCCCUAUUCCGAUCCCUGCUCAUAGAGGACCAGAUCUACCUCCUCAAGGGAGCAGCCGUGGAAAUCUGUCACAUCAUACUCAACACCACUUUCUGCCUCCAAACACAAAACUUCUUCUGUGGACCUCUUCGCUACACAAUGCAAGAUGGAGCCCAUGGUGACCUGGUGUCUCCCACAGUGGGCUUCCAGAAGGAGUUCUUGGAGUUGCUCCUUCGCUUCCAUGGGACACUGCGACGACUCCAGCUGCAGGAGCCCGAAUAUGUGCUCAUGGCUGCCAUGGCGCUGUUCUCUCCUGCUCUCUAUCUUCCAGACCGGCCUGGAAUUACUCAGAGAGAAGAGAUUAAUCAGCUGCAAGAAGAGAUGGCCUUUACUCUGGACAGCUACAUCAAAGGCCAGCAGCCACAGCCUCGGGAUCGGUUUCUGUACCCAAAGCUGCUGGGACUGCUGGUUGAGCUUCGGAGCAUCGACAAUGCAUACCGGUACCAGAUACAGCAUAUCCAGGGACUGUGGGCCUUGAUGCCGCUACUUCAGGAGAUCUACAGCUGA